AAGGUCAAGUGCCAUAGACCAGCUGAUAGACGUUUAUGGACUACUGCUGCUGGCUGGUUCCACCAGAAAUUUUAUGGUCGAAACGAUCGAUUUCUGCAUCGUUUUCGAUCAUUCCGCACCUUCACGGAUGAUCGGUUAAAGUAGAGCCGUUCCUAAAAAUUCAACCCGACCUGACGGGGUUCCAAUGCUGGGAGGGGUAUAUUAUCACCAAACAGGGUAAAUAGCUUAGGUUAGUUACUGAUAAACGAGAUAUAGUUUCUGGUGAAAUGCCCCGCAGUAAACGCAGGGCACCUGCGGACAUGAGUGCGCCCGAUGACGACAGGUACCCCACGAAAAGGUUACGCAAUUCCACAAAUUCUCGAAGAUAUUCACGAUUGGACGAGGUCUCUUCAUUCAGCCAGAAAAAGUGCCUGACAUGGUUUCGAGAGUACACAUGUCCUGAUGAACCGGAAGUAUUGGGCCCCGAGGGUAUGGAGAAAUUUUGCGAGGAUAUUGGCGUCGAACCGGAAAACGUCGUCAUGCUGGUAUUGGCGUAUCGGAUGCAGGCGCGGCAAAUGGGUUUUUUUAGUCAGGAGGAGUGGGUUCGAGGCUUGACGGAUCUUCAGUGCGAUUCAAUCCAAAAGCUUCAGGGUCGUCUCGAACAGUUACGCUGUAUGCUAAAUGAUCAGCAUUCGUUUAAGGCGAUUUAUCGGUACGCGUACGAUUUUGCUCGAGAUAAAGAUCAACGCAGCAUGGAUAUGGAAACGGCCAAAGCUAUGCUUCAGUUGCUCUUGGGCAAACAUUGGCCGCUAUACGCCCAAUUUAGCCAGUUUCUCGAACAGAGCAAGUACAAGGUGAUCAAUAAGGAUCAGUGGUGUAAUAUAUUGGAAUUUUCGCGUACUAUCAAUAUAGACUUAUCCAAUUAUGAUGUAGAUGGAGCAUGGCCAGUAAUGUUGGAUGAGUUUGUAGAAUGGUUGAAAGCGUCUCGAGAUAAGUCUGAUAUUAGUUGAGUCGCGCACGUUUUGUGUGCCAUCAAUGGACUUACCUAACUAAUUACUUAAAUGUGUCGUAUCAUCGCGUCACGGUCUCCGGCAAAGGGGGUAGCGAGUUUUGAGUGCUCCGCGUUCCACCAUCUGUGCAUCCAACUGCGACAAAACCGUACUACUACUACACCGAAUAAAUAAAUAAAAAUAUACAAGACGGGUUCUACAACAAACAGCAAACAAGCAAAAAAAGUAAUUUAAUAAUAAUAACACCGGCUAUAGUUGUAUUAUCAUCAAUUUUAACAUUAAGAAACCACUGAUUCCUCGUUUAUAUAUUUUUUGUUAAAUUAGUUUACAAUUUAAUUUCCUCUAUCUACGGUUUCCUUCUGUGCCACGGUCCCAGCCCUCAAGGGCAACCCUUUCCUCCUCUCUCCCUUUGCCUUAGAUCUCUCGUCGUGAUAAAAAAAACGCAAAAAUGAAUCGUCAUUUCUCGAUACAAUAAUUUAAUCUUUAAUCUUAUUAUUUUUUUUACAAGGAAUUGUACCUUUACCUUUUUCGUCCUUUUGUUAAAUAAGACUCUUAGUCGAAUAAACUACAAACCACAAUGUGAAGUAACUUAAAGACAAUGAUGAAAAACAAAUAAACAUGAAAAAAGGGC